AUUCUUUUUUUUUUUAUUAUUAUUUUUGACCAUCAUUCUCGGAUACAAGGUAACAAGGCGAGCUUCAGCGAUAAUCACACUUUCCAAAACCAAGUGACUUCAACUUAUUACACCAUCUGGAAAUGGCAAUGUCCACGAGCAUGUUCACCGUCCAUCGAUGGGCGAUUCACCCGAGAGGAUUUGGAAUAGCUUCCCAUUGCCUUCAAGCAUCCAAAUCUGCAAAGGCGAUAAAUUUAAGCAGGUCAAUUUGUUGCAGGACAAAGGUGUCGUCAUCCACUUCUAGUACAAACACAGUCGUCGCCACCGAUGAAAAUUACGGUCGUAAGGAAGUCAUUAGUGUCAAUCCCAGGAUCUAUGACUACUUGAUGGCGAAUGUUAGAGAGCCAGAGAUAUUGCGGGAGCUUAGGGAGGAAACUGCUAAAAUGCAGGGUAGUCAGAUGCAGGGGUACUCAUCUCUUGCUGUUGCUUUAGUCCUGCCAGAAGGAGGUCAGCUAGUAGCAUGUGAGAGGGACGAGAGGUCAUUAGAAGUUGCACAAAGGUACUAUAGCCGUGCAGGUGUUUCAAAUAAGGUGAAAGUAAAACAUGGGUUAGCUGCUGACACGUUGAAGUCGAUGGUCCAGAAUGGUGAAGGCAGCAGCUAUGAUUUUGCCUUUGUGGAUGCAGACAAGAGAAUGUACCAAGAUUAUUUUGAAUUACUCUUGCAGUUGGUGAGAGUUGGAGGCCUUAUAGUGAUAGACAAUGUUCUUUGGCAUGGGCGGGUGGCAGAUCCACUGGUAAAUGACGCCAAGACGCUUAGUGUCAGAAACUUCAACAGAAAAUUGAUGGAGGAUGACCGCGUGACCAUUAGCAUGGGGAAUUUUUGGGAGAGGUUUGUGUACCAUCCCUACAUAGGGUCAAAGAACUACAAGUACGAGAGAGAUGUUGGCUUUGAACUCAGUCGUAUUCAUAUCUGUGGAGUUGAGAAUCUGGAAGUGUCAAGUUACAAAUUGUCGAACUACUGCACCAAGGAAGGACUUAUUGAACGAAGGAUUUGCCCUUGCCUUUACGAGAAACCGAAGGAUAAUGCCGUCUACGAGAACGAGAAGACCUAUUAA